UUUCGACAGGGUCAGUGCCGGGGUUUCCCCAUUCUUACUCCUGAAAUCGGAUUGGCCUUUAAUUGGUUUUGUACGCCACUUCUUUCUGCAAAGGCGCCGAUCUGUCAGAUACAGGUGUGGGAAGAUGAUGGAAGAGAGUGGAAUAGAGACGACUCCCCCCACCACCCCUCCACCACCCCCCAGCAUGGCGUCAGCAGUCACCCCCCCGCCCCUGACAAUAGGGCUGUCGAGUCCACUGACUCUUCCCAGCACCACUGGACUCUCUUCCUUCGCUCCUGAGGGGUUCUCCACCCCCGUCGCGCCCGCCAUUUCCACCUCGGCCCCACCCAUUCGUUCCUCCGCCCCGCCUCCUUUCGGGUCACCCCUGGGCCCCAUAUCUUCUGCCACCUCUGUGCCGCCCCCCAUGGGAGCCCCCUUCACCAGCCCGAUGGCGCACUUCCCCUCCCCAUCAGCCCCGCCCCUCAGCACUGCCGCACCCCCUCCGGGGCCCGCCAUGUCUGCCCCGCCCACUGGCCCGCCCACCUCCGGCUUCACCAUGGCUUCCAACUACGACAUCACGCGGGGUCACGCGGGCCGCGCCCCUCAGACGCCCCUGAUGCCCUCUUUCUCCACUGCCCCUCCCGUGCCAGGGGUGGUGGCCAACCCAAUGGUGCAGCAGCCGAUGAUGUCGGGGGGCCUGGAAGGGGGGUCUUCCAUCACCUUCCCCGAAGAUCAUGAAGACCCCAGGGUUACCAACGUAGACACUAACGCUGGAGGCAUAUGGGGUUUCAUCAAGGGCGUGGCGGGAAACCCCAUGGUGAAGACUGUGCUUGAUAAAACCAAGCACUCGGUGGAGUCCAUGAUCACCACCCUGGACCCGGGCAUGGCGCCCUACAUCAAGUCCGGCGGGGACCUGGACAUCGUGGUGACGUCCGACAAGGAGGUGAAGGUGGCGGCGGUGCGGGACGCCUUCCAGGAGGUGUUCGGGCUAGCCAUGGUGACGGGCGAGGCGGGCCAGUCCAACAUCGCCCCGCAGCCCGUGGGGUACGCGGCGGGAGUGAAGGGAGCUCAGGAGAGGAUCGACAGCCUGCGGCGGGCCGGCGUCAUCCACGAGAAGCAGCCAGUCGUCUCUGUGGAGAACUUCAUCGCUGAGCUCUUUCCCGACAAGUGGUUUGACAUCGGCUGCUUGAUCCUGGAAGACCCCGGAAACGGGAUCCGCAUCGAGAGCUUCACGCAGGCCACACCUGUGGCCCUGGAGCACGUUCAGCAGGCCCAGUCGCUCACUCCGCCAGACUACAGCCUGCGCUGGUCGGGGCUGCUGGUGACGGUGGGCGAGGUGCUGGAGCGGAACCUGCCCCACGUGAGCCGGACCGACUGGCACCUGGUGUUCACCGGCAUGUCGCGGAGACAGAUGAUCUACAGCGCUGCCAGAGCUCUGGCGGGCAUGUACAAGCAGCAACUGCCCCCCAGGACUGUGUGAUGCGUAUGUGUGUGUGUGUGUGUGUCUGUGUGCGCGCACGUUUUUUAAACCAGUGGGGACAGAGGCCUGAUGGA